AUUGAAAGAGUACAUCAAGUUCAUCUUUUAUAAAUACACUGCUAGGGUUAGGGCUCUGCAUAUCCAGUCCAAGUGAAAGGGAAGAGAAGAAGGAUGAGGAAGCGGCAGGUGGUUGUGAGAAGAGAGGAGCCUCAGAGAAGUGUUAGGAGUGUGAAGUAUGGUGAGUGCCAGAAGAAUCAUGCAGCAAAUGUUGGAGGGUAUGCUGUUGAUGGUUGCAGAGAGUUCAUGGCAAGUGGUGGAGAAGGGACAACUGCUGCUCUCACUUGUGCUGCAUGUGGCUGCCACAGGAACUUCCACAAGAGACAGGUGGAAACUGAAGUUGUGUGUGAGUGCUCCUCACCUCCCUCCAUUGGCACAUGAGAGCUUUUUAUACAUACACCUCAACAAUUAUGCAACUAUUCCUCUCUUGUAAUAUAUUUUGUGGACUUAAUUUGCUUUUACUUCUUAAGUAUUGAGGUUUUACCACACUUCUGAACUCCUAUCAAUAUAUAUAUAUAUAUAUAUCUAUACAUAUAUAUAUAUGUUCUAGAGUAGAAACCAUGUGAUUUUGAGGUUGAUGUGUCUAAAGAGAAAAGACAAAGGGUAAUGACAACUCACAGGGUUGUUUUUGUGAUGUAUGUCUGAAAGUUUCAUCAUCUUCACUUCUUACAUGUUUGGUUUAACUAGUUCUGAACAAAUAUAUGAUUUAAUGUUUUUUGUCUCAGAAAAAAAAAAGCACUUAAUCAUAUAUUUCUCAGAAACAGUUCUGCCAAAGGUGUAAAUUACUCUCUUAAGCAUGUUUGUGUAAGGAUUUGCUUAGUGGGUGAAUCAGUUGUCAAUUUGAAAUGGGAUGAGAAAAAUUGGUUUUGGUUUCUUUGA